GCGCCCCGCCAAUCCUCCAUGGCCCCGCCCCCUGUCGCCCAGGCUACCCGCGCCCCGCCAGUCCUCCAUGGCCCCGCCCCCUGUCGCCCGUUAUAACCCGGUUACCCCGGAGCGCGGCGCCCCGCUGCACUGACGGGUGCAAACAUGGCGGAGGUGGAGCUGCCGGCUGAGGCCCGGCUGGACGAGCUGCUGCAGAUUGACCCGUACCUGGCGCAGUACGUCGGGGAUCUGCGGAGGAGGUACAAUAAUUUUAACAAUUUGCUAAAACAAAUUGUUGCAAAUGAAGGAAGUCUUGACAAGUUUUCUCGUGGCUACGAAUCUUACGGUGUCAACCAACUGGCUAAUGGUGGAAUUUAUUGCAAGGAAUGGAUCCCAGGAGCAAAAUCAGUGUCUCUUGUCGGAGAAUUCAAUGAAUGGAACGUUUCUUCUCAUCACUACAAAUUAUUGCCGUUUGGAAAAUGGGAGUUGUACAUUCCCCCCAAAGCUGAUGGUUCAUCCCCUAUACCGCAUGGAUCCAAGCUCAAGGUGGUGAUUGGGGAUGGUACUGGUCAGCAGCUUUACCGCAUCUCUCCCUGGGCAAGAUAUGUCACCCGCCAGGUGAACUCCAGGAUCUACGAGUGGGUGCAUUGGCAGCCACCCCUCCGAUACGUGCCCCGGUAUCCUCGUCCCCAAAGACCAAGGAGUGUACGAAUCUAUGAAGCUCACGUUGGCAUUGCAUCUCCUGAAGGAACCAUAGCGACGUACAGGAAUUUCACUCAGAAUAUGCUGGCCCACAUCAAGAACCUGGGUUACAACUGCAUCCAGCUGAUGGCCAUCAUGGAACACGCCUACUACGCCAGCUUCGGAUACCAAGUGACCAGCUUCUUCGCUGCAUCCAGCCGCUACGGCACUCCGGAUGAGCUGAAGGAGCUGGUUGACGCAGCACACUCAAUGGGGUUGCUGGUACUCCUCGACAUUGUCCACAGCCAUGCAUCCAAAAACACGGAGGACGGGCUGAACCUUUUUGACGGCACCGAUUCCUGCUUCUUCCACACGGGGAGCCGGGGCACUCACAGCCUCUGGGACAGUCGGCUCUUCAACUACUCCAACUGGGAGGUUCUGCGGUUCCUGCUCUCUAACCUCCGCUGGUGGGUCGAGGAGUACGGUUUUGAUGGGUUCCGAUUCGACGGGGUGACUUCCAUGUUGUACCACCACCAUGGCAUUGCUGUCAGUUUCUCUGGCGGAUACAGUGAAUACUUUGGUCUUCAAGUUGACGAGGAAGCCUUGGCCUACCUGACCCUGUCGAACUACAUGUUACACAACUUCUACCCUGACUUUGUCAGCGUUGCAGAGGAUGUGUCAGGAAUGCCCACACUCUGCCGACCAGUCACGGAAGGGGGCGGAGGUUUUGACUUCCGUUUGGCAAUGGCCAUUCCCGAUAAAUGGAUCCAGAUCCUUAAGGAACGAAAGGAUGAGGACUGGAACAUGGGCAACAUCGUGCACACACUCACCAACCGGCGGUACGGGGAGAAAGCCGUAGCCUAUGCUGAGAGUCAUGACCAGGCUCUGGUUGGGGACAAGACCUUGGCAUUCUGGCUGAUGGAUGCGGAGAUGUAUACCAACAUGAGUGUGCUGACUCCCUUGACACCAGUCAUAAACCGUGGAAUCCAGUUGCACAAGAUGAUCCGACUGAUCACACACGCUCUGGGAGGCGAGGGCUACCUCAACUUCAUUGGCAAUGAAUUUGGUCACCCCGAGUGGCUGGACUUCCCACGAAAGGGGAACAAUGAGAGUUACCACUAUGCCAGGCGCCAGUUUGACCUGCUGAAUAAUCACCUGUUGCGUUACAACCAACUCAAUACCUUCGACAGAGACAUGAACCACCUGGAGGAGAAGUACGGCUGGCUGGCAGCGCCACCGGCCUACGUCAGUGAGAAGCAUGAAGAAAACAAGGUCAUCGCCUUUGAGCGUGCAAAUUUGCUCUUUGUUUUCAACUUCCACCAUGAGAAGAGUUUUCCUGACUACAGAGUUGGAGUCGAUCUGCCUGGGAAGUAUAAGAUCGUACUGGACAGUGACGCUGCGGACUAUGGAGGGCACAGCCGAUUGGACCAUGACACCGAGUACUUCACAGAACCGCAACCCCAGAACAACCGGCUCAACUCUCUGCUGUUGCAUCACCUUGAGCCUGACCACAUCCAGAGGAGGAAACACGCUGAACAGCUCGUCAAAUCGGGAAUUCUGCACAAGUGUAAGCUCUGUCUAAAGGUUUACAUUCCCAGCCGGACGGCCAUCAUCCUCGCUCGGGUGGAUCCCCCCAACUGACCAGGAGCACAGGGAGAACGGGGCAACAUCUGGACACGUUACCCUUCCUGCACAUUAACCCUUGCCUGUUCGAGAUUUGUCAUUAAAUAUCUGUGGUAAACUGAACACCUUCCAA